CCCAUUCCUCGGGGACGCCGCCGGGCCGGGAGGGAGGGCGGGGAUGGAGCUUCGGCCUAGGCCCGGGUCCGGGCCGGGCUCGGCCGGCGGGAGGGCGAACAGCCAGCCCCGGGGCGGCGGGGACGAGGAGCCGGGCGACUCCUCUCUCUCCUCCUCCUCCUCCUCCGCCGCCUCCUCGUCGUCGGAGGGCGGCGGCCGGCGGCUGGGCGGCGGCGGCAGGAGACACUCCCGCUCCUGGGCCGACGUGCGGAGCCUGGGCGGCGGGGAGGCCGAGGCCAGGCCCAGACCCGGGUCCGGCGGGGCGGAGAGGCCCAGGCCCGGGCCCGGGGCCGAGCGGCUGAGGAAGGCCCGCUCCAUGGAGGGGAUGGCGGUGAAGCUGGCCCGGGGUCCGGCCGCAGAGGCCGGCGGAGGCCCCGGCGGGCAGGCGGCCCGCUUGGCCGAGGCCGAGGAGCGGCUGGUGCGGCAGAAGGUGAAGUUCUCCCGCUUCCUGGACGAGAUCAGCGGGCAGGUGCUGAGCCCGGCCGCGCUCAGCUCCCUCGGCCGCAGGCCGGGCCCGGAGCCCCAGGCGGGCGGGAGGCCUCGGGCCGCUCGGCGGGACGACGACGAGGAGCCGGGGCCGGGGCCCGACGGCGGCUCGCUGGCGGCGGAGGCGGCCCCCGAGCCCGGCAAGGAACUGUUGACAGAUGCCCAUCAACCAAAGUUCCUGCGGGAAGAGGGCAAGGAUCUGCAGCACCCCCUGGCCUGUGUCACCUGCCAGAUGGAAGAGAUGGACUCGGAAUUUAAGUCCAGCCACGGAUACCUGGAGGCUGAGCUGUACCGAGCCCGGGUGGAACUGAAUGACCUCAGGGGGAUGUUCUCCAGGUUACAGCAGAACUACCUGCGCACACGUCAGGCCAACAGAUUCAUGGAACAGAAACUCGACAGGAUUGUUGCAAACAUGGAGGCAGAGAGGAACGGUCUCAACCAGAGGAUCAGCGAUCUCACCAGCAGGCUGGCCAGGGCUCAGAAGACCAUCUGUGCACUGGAGAAGAUGACGGAGCAGGGCGUGGAGCCUGGUUACAACCACCCCGAGGCGAGUCUGCAGCCCCCAGCCUUCCCAGACCUCGGCAUCUUCAGCCCACCAGCUCCCUUCGUGGACGAGGGGCUGGACUGCGUGUCGGCGAGCGGGUCAGAGGCUGCCGGCGGUUGCAGCGAGGCCACGGGCCCUGAGGACCUCCACCGACCCGGCCCGGAGCGCUGGGCCAACCACCGGGAGGCCGCCCGGCCUGUGACGGCCAAGGCCCCUCCGCCCAGCUGCAGGGUGGCAGCGGCGGCGCCCGAUCUGUGGAGCCCCUGUGCCGAGGGCCUGGACUGGCUGGACGGCCUGCAAGCAGCCAGAGGGAAGGGGCCAAGUUCGCCCGGUGGCCUCCACCUGCCUCCGGACGACCCGUUCGGGCCCCUGCUCCCCGAGGCAGACUGGCCGGCUGCUGGCUGGAGGGAGGCCGCUUCUGACGGGCGGCAGGGGAGCCCGAGGCCGGGCGGCUCGACCUGCGACCUGUGGGAUAGGCCCGAAGCCAGUUGCCAGGGCAAUGCCCGGGCGGAGGGGGCGAGCGGACGAGGACCGGGCCACCCGUCGCUGCCGUGCGGCCAUGCCCGGGCCUCCCAGCGCCGAGGCCUAGCAGGGCAGGCCCCGCAGAACGAGCCGGCCUUCCCGCAGCCACCGGGCGCCGAGCGUGGCCUCUCGGCCCAGGCCGGCCCAGGAGACAGUGAGCAACGGGCCAGGCAGUGGGUGAGUGAGCUGGAGUACCGGCUCCUGGGGGGGGAGGAGGAGGAGGAGGGCGAGUGGAGGCCGCAACGGGAGGCCCGCAGGCAGACCGGAGGGACCAGGAGCGGGCCAGCGGCCUACAGCCAGGCUGAGUGCCAGGGCAUGGUGUGGGCUCGGUGCCGGGAGCCAGAUGUAAGGGAGCCGCAGGCCUCCUGGCCCAAGUUCAGGGGAGGCCGGGACUAGGGCCGGUCCCCGUCCUACUCGGUCACUGACAGGUCGGGUAGCGGCUGUGGAGGGAGGAGCGCACUCGAUGCUAGGCCCCGCCGGCGGGACCUUCACCAUCCCCCCCAGCCCAGUAAGAGGGCCUCUAACCCGGGGAGGAAAGCGACUGUGAGCUGCUAAUGUGAGGGCACUGGGUAGUGCCGCUGCCUUCCAGCUGCAGAGACCCAGGUUUGAUCCCGACCUCCGGCGCUGUCUGUCUGUGUGGAUUUUGCACGUUUUCCCUGUGACCGUGUGGGCUCCCCACCGCCCCCCCCCCCCCCCACUCCCGGGGGCUCCAGUUCUCUCCAACAUCCCAACAACGCGCGGGAUCGGUGAGUUAAUUGGCCCCGGGUGUGUGGGUGAGGGGUAGAAUCUGGGGUGGGGGGGGCGGUAUGUGGGGGGAGUAAAGUGGGAUUAAUGUAGAUGGGUGGUUGGUGAUCAGCACGGACUGGGUGGGCCGAAGGGCCUGUUUCCCUGCUGUACCUCUCUGACAGUUCAAAGGGAACCAGGUGAUCUUCCUCCGUGUCACUGGGAGACUAAUUGUGUGUUGGGUGUGUGUCGAUCUGUGUGUCGGGUGUGUGGGAGAGUUUGUGUAAGUGAGUGUAUGAGAGGCACAGAUAGAGUAGACAGGAUCUUUUUCCCAGGGUAGAAAUGUCAAAUACCAGAGGGCACAGGUUUAAGGUGAGGGGGGAAAGUUUAAAGGAGAUGUGUGGGGCAGGUUUUUACACAGAGAGCGGUGGGUGCCUGGAACGGGCUGCCAGUGGUGGGGGUGGAGGCAGAUACGAUAGAGGGGUUCAAGAGGCUGUUAGACAGACAGGUGAAUGUGCAGGGAAUGGAGGGAGACGGACUGUGUGCAGGCAGAAGGGAUUUAGUUUAAUUUGGCAUCGUGUUCGGCACAGACAUGGUGGGCUGAAGGGCCUGUUCCUGUGCGGUACUGCUUCGUGUUCCGUGUUCUGAAGCGAGCAGGGAAUAUCCAAGCACUCCGGACCCCAGAUCCAACAACAGACACCCCCCACCGCCCCUUCAUUCCUGCUCCUGGUGUUCUGGACCCUUCAACUCUGGACACACAUCCACCCCACAGUCCACAGUCCUCACCCCCCGAGUCCCAUCCCCCCAGUCCCCAGUCCCUCACCCCCAUCCCCCCCCCUCCCCACCCUCGCAGCCCACAGUCGAGUGAGCCCGAUGCCGGACCAUUAGGAUCUUUGAACAAGUGGAUGCCGGAUUACCAGAGUUUUGCUGUAUUCCCUCGUAACCCACCGACCCCGCACGUGGUUGGGUUGUGGGAGGGAACCGGAGCCCCCGGGGGAAACCCACGCGGUCACAGGGAGAAGGUGCAAACUCCACACAGACAGACAGCGGCGGAGGUCGGGAUCGAACCUGGGUCUCUGGGGCUGUGAGGCAGUGGCACUGCCCGCUGCACCACGCGGAGGCUGUUUCUGUUAAGGGAUUGCGUGAGGAUCGGGGUGGGCGGGGGCACAGAGUUGAAAAUAAUCGGCCGAUGACAUGAGUGGUGGAAGGAAAAUGAAUGUGUGCAGUGAGCAGCGAUGAGGUUCAGGCCUCGGGAUUCAGAGUCAACAGGAUUCCAGAGAAGACUUGGGCUGGAACCGGGGUGGGGGGGUGGGGGGACAACCAUUGGUAAGACCAUGGGGAGCGAGUGGGGGAAUGGGUGAUUCAAUGGAUCCUGGCAGAGCAAGCUGAAUCACCUUCUGGUCCAGGAUAUUCCCAGAGACUUGCAGGUGACUGGAUUCAGCGGGGAGUCGUUCCCGAAGCGUCUCCCUGGGAGGGAAUUGCUGCAAGGAUGCAGUUACUUAAUGAAACCUUUCCAGCAGUUGGCUGUGUGUGAGGGAUUGGUAUCUCCACCCCCACCAGCCCAUUCCACACUACGGUUCAAGGGUUUAAGCACAGCCUCACUGAAGCUUCCCCUUAGAUCCCAGCCAAGUGCUGCCACUGUUAUCGGCCCAUUAUUGUCGGUGGGUGCUGUGCCGUGUUUGCUCUACUUCUGUCAAAUCACCUUUCUUGUAAAUAAAUGCAACUUGAUUCACUGUCA